AUGUUGUGCUCCGGAGACCGUGAGAAGGGAGAUGUGGCCAUGGAGGAGAAAUGGGACUACGUGAAUUUGGAUGACUUCAAGUCCGAAUCGUGCUGGACUCCGUUCUCGUACUUCUUUGUAUGGGUGUUUCUAUUCGUCUCACUCGCCGUUUACGGAGUUGACACAUUCACUGCCGUCAACUUGCUCGCUUUCUCCCGAUGGUCUGGUAGAGUCGAACCCGCUAUUCCGUUCAAUAUCUCCCGAUGGAUCUUCGCCGCCUGCAUCAUUGCUUCCUUCGUGCUUUUGGCAUACCGAUGGAUACACGCCAUCCGCGCUAUACGCUCGGGAAGCAUUACUCGCAGCUUUCUGGACCCGCUUGCUGUGCGCAUUCAGAGUAUCCGCUUCGGCAAGAAGGGUCGUGGAUACAGAAGAUUCGUUGUUUUCGCCGAGUUGACCAAGGAUAGAAAAGCAGCGGAAUACGUUGCGCUUUAUGCAUAUUUCUCCUUCCAAUUCUGGAUGAACACGAUCUUCGCAGAUGGCCCGCGCCAAGUUAUCAAUGCAAUCACUCUCUAUUCGGUCAUGCAGAUGGACCUCAUUCCUGGAGGGAAAAAUGCCGCCCACGAUGAUGGGACUUCUGCGGUCGGUCAAUUCUUUAAUAACGUCAAGAUCCUGGCCGAGGACAACAAUUUGCAGGCGGUGGUCUUAUUCGGCAUGCUUUUCACCCUCGUCAUUUGGGUCCUAUUUGUCCUGAAGUUGAUCUCGGCCAUCGUGCUGUAUCUGAUCUUCCUCUUUCACCAUAUUCCGGCUGAAGAUGGUACUCUUUCAAGGUACUGCCGUCGCAAGGUUGGUCAGCGUCUUAAGCGCAUUGUGCACCGCAAAAACAACAAAGCCCUGGCAAAGGGACUCAAAUUACAGAGUCGAACACCCACCCAACCAACCCUGGGCGACUUUGAUUCCAAACCAACUCUGCCGUCUAUCGCCGGGGACAAAGUCCCUGCGGUGUCUACCUUGUCACGGAGUACUACUCAAACGACCUUGCCACCUUACUCGCGAUCAGCUUCGUCAACAGCGCCAGGACACAAUCCGACAUUGCCAAACCUGGAAUUCGAUGGCAAGCCACCGUUGAGCCGGACUGCCACUGCAUCUUCGGCAAUGUCCGAAUCUGCCUCGCUGACAGGCAAUGCGGCCGGAAUGGGGUACAGCCCACUUGAUCGUCAGAAUCCGACGCUUCCUCCGGUACCUCCCUUGCCGGCCGGCGUUACGUCAAGGAUGGGCCCUCAGCCCCGCACAACUCCUGGACCAUACGGCAAUGAUGGUCGGAACGGUCCGGCACCUGGAUACAGGAAUUUGACUGAUAGUAGCUCGGAAUCUCGCCCUUAUCCGGGCUACACCCCAGCGCCCGAAUACGCUUCAGCCGACAUGGGCGAUGGUUCUGAGGAUCAUGAUUAUUUCAACCAAGACCAUUCGCCCGCUCACUAUGACCCCUACGGUCCCCCGAGGGCUAUGUACGGCGGUCAGGCAGGUUAUGGCAACCCCAGUGGUCAGAGAGGCCCGUCUCACACACAGCAAGACUAUUAUGUCCCAGAUCCAUAUUCCACAAGAUCCUACACGCCGGCUAGCACACCCGGUCUCUCUACACGGUCACACACCCCGGCAAGCUACCGACCUCCUCCGCCACAAUCAGCCGCAAUGGCACAGCCUCCGUCCAGAUCACUCGCCCCAAUGAGCUCGGCUACACCAGCUCCUGGAAAUAGCGCCUAUGCAGCGUUCAACUCAUCAAUGCCUUCUCAACCACCCCAACCUUUCACUCAAAUCCCACCUAACUUCCGAUCGAAUACCGCUUCGCCUUCCGCUAUGCACCGCGCUCCACCAGGGCACUCAUUCAAUCGAGCAAACACACACCAAUACUGA